AUGAUUGUGCUUAGGCAUUUGAGGAAGCUGUUUAAGGUGGAUCCCGCAAAUUUUAUGAUGACCAUUUGUGGGAAUGAUGCCUUGAAAGAGCUUUCAUCUCCAGGAAAGAAUGAGAGCUUCUUCCAAUUGACAAAGUAUGAUCGGUUCAUGAUAAAUAAGGUGAAGAAAUCUGAAGUAAAGGACAUCUUUUGUCUAUAUAUGAGGUCUCUGGCAGUUGAAACCGAGUCAAAAGACCAAUGGAACUAUAGAUUUUUAGGGAUUAGUGAAUCAGGGAAAGGAGAUUAUGAAUUUCCACAAGUUCUAUCACUAUUAUUCUCAGUUCUCAAGAAGACAAUUCAAAAGAAUGAGAGUUUGCCGGAUUCUACAACGAGGAAAGCUAAUGACACCAUUGACCAUGGUCUCAGAUCACAGGAACUUAGCAUACAAAGUUACACUAAGCGCAUAUUCAAGUACUCAAAUUGUAGCCAUUCAUGCUUUAUCCUUGCACAUGUAUACAUUGACAGAUACCUCGUGCAACCAGGUGUCCAUCUUUCUUGCCUCAAUGUUCAUCGGUAG